CCCCUCUCACACCACCCAGCUCUCAGCAUUCAGCGUCAGCAAAAACACUAAUGUGAUCAAGAUGCAAGAUGUCUUUGGACUUUCCACUGCUCCCGGGCUUUCUGCCUGACUUUGGGGUGUUCUUCAAAUCGCCGGCCGCGGUGCGGGGAAGCUACCGACUCCAGUCCGUAUCCUCAAGUGAAGACACUCAACAACUUCUCAGACAGAUAUGGAAUCAUAUUUCCUUAAGAUUGUGGCAAUUUCACUCAGUGGAUGAAUGAACAGGCGACUUCCACAUAUUUCUGGCGGACAGCACUAGGAGCAGAUCUGAAGCCAAUUUGUUGGUUAUCACCAGAUGUUUUACUGUUGACUUUAUGGCUUUAUAAUAAUGUCAUAAAACAGUGUCAUUGCUCACCACAAGAAGAAAAAGGAGAAACAAACUUGGUCCAUGCAGGUGACACUUGAUUGUUUGGCUGAAUGACAUAUUGAAGUUGUUUUUUUAACCCCCAUGAUUCAUAAGCGCUGCAGUUUCAUGCACAGGACGCAAAUGACAGUACCCACCUGCGCGACUUCUAAGGAAACAAAGUCAAAAUCAGCCCUAUGGAAUAGCACUGGCUACCAAUAAUGCCAGUGGCGAUACGCAAGAGAAGUUGGGAGGAUCAUGUGACUCAUCCCUCGGGAUUGCAGUAUAGCUACGAUGAUCUGGACCUGAUCUGUUGCCACGGUGUUGACAGCGAGGGGAUUUGGAGAGGUUCAGGGGCCUCCAAGCAGGGCCGAUGGACAAGGUGCGCCUCCAUGCCAGAGGGUUGCCACCAACUGCUCACAGAUGAGCUUGUUGAGAGGCCGGAUGUGACCACCUCUGGAGUACAUGAUGACAUCCAUUUGGAGCAUGCAAAGCUAACAUACGGUGUUGAAGCGCCGCUUGAAAAGAAGUUAGUUUGCAGCCCUCACAAAUGUCUAGAUGUGCCGCAAAGGGUUACAGACCACCUGAAAACGACAAAUCAUUUUGACGGCAUCUCACAAAGUGACAAAAGCAGUGCCAUUAAUUUUUGUGCAAUGGACCACAACGCUCAGGAAACUGUCGAUGGUAAAAAUGAAGUUGGCACCGAGAAUGAUGAUGUCUUUAAAAAUUCACAUAUCUAUCGUGAUGAGCGACAAUGCGUCUCUAUUUCUUCAAACAAUGGGCCUCCACUGUCACAGUCUGCUGCUGGACAGCCUGGCACACUCCCAAAUCAUUGGCAAACAAAGGAGGGACAUACAGAUAGUUACAGCAGACCUCCUGAAAUCUCAGAUGCCACACUGAAGUCGUGCUCUGCUGCUCAACAAGAAACUCAGAAUGACCUCCCAGAUGUCGAGGACGUGAUUGCCCUCCCUGGCCAUGCUGGCACAAAGAUAACCUUGGAUGUCGGUGUACUCAGUCCACUCAAUAAAAUGGAUAGUCUUCUUGUGAUGUCAUUGGCUAACAAAGCUGUGGAGCCAAUUGUGACCACAGCUGGAGAAGGAAAAUGUGACAAAGGAGCAAUUGAAACCUGGACCACAGAUUCAUCUGACAAACCGGAUGGAUUAAAUAACCCAGAAACUCUAAAUGAAAAAUCAGGGCAUGAGCAUCUUUCCAGAGACAUUCGAGAAGGAAAGCAGGAUGCUGUUGGAGCUGGUUGUGAAAUGUCAGAGCAGCGUGAUUCUGAAACAAGAGCAAUCCAAAUGUCUCAGGGGGAGGAAAGUAGACAUGCAGAAAGCAGCAACAAAUCUGAAGAUGUCAGGUUGUGGCCAAUCUCAUCACCUGAUACUUCUGUCAAAGUGCAGUGUUUUUCAGUCAAUGGUAAGGUGACAUGUCAACAAGAAGGAUCGGGGAAGUCAGCAGAAGCCUGCACACCGAAAACCAUUAUUCAAGAAGCACAGCUCAACUUGACUAUGACGACUGCUCGUCAGCCAAACAAAGACUUUGAUAAAACGUCUUCAUCAUUGGAAACUGUCCCAGCGGUGAAUCAGGUUGAGGCAGGUGGUAGCCGUGCACCUGCUCCAGAGACUAUCACCAAAACGUUUCACUGCCAGAAGGAUGGUGAAUAUACAGCGACUGAAAAACACCCCCAAAACCUGCUUCCACUCUCAGCAGAGGUCAACAAUGUGCUCUCGCCGGAGGGUUUCCAUGGCAACGAAGCCUCUGGUCGCCUCAGUGAGUCACCUGGCUCUACGGUAGCAGAUGGUCAGCGUGAACGCCACACACAAGUGGCCGACUCAAGAACCGAGCAGACCGACAAUGUCACACGGGACUGUAUUCCCUCUACACACACAUAUCCUGUCAACCCAGCUUUGGAUGGGAUGCGUGAGUCUGGAGUUCGGAAGGAGGAGGAAGUUGUGAAAGUCCGCAUUAAGACGCGAGACUGUGCCCGUCUGGAUUCGAUGGUCCUGCUGAUGAUGAAGCUGGACCAGUUGGACCAAGAAAUUGAAAAUGCCCUGAGUGCCAACUCUUCCGUCGGAAGCACCCCCACCCUCCCUCGGCGACGACAACUGGACUUUGAUUUGGGAUCUGUACCCACAGCAUCAUACAUGCAGCAUUUGCGUGGCUCUGAUGCCCCAGUUUCAAAGACCCCAACAGCCCUUGGAGCAAAACCUAAGAGUGGGAGUACUGCAGUUCCAGAGAGGACAAAAGCGGAGAUUGAAGCCAAAGAGGCCUGUACAUGGCUCCGAGCAGCAGGCUUCCCACAGUAUGCCCAGCUUUAUGAAGAUGCCCAGUUUCCCAUUGACAUCUCUUCAGUCACCAGGGACCACGACUUCCUUGAUCGGGAUGCCAUUGAAGCUCUCUGCAGGAGGCUCAACACCCUCAACAAGUGUGCUCUAAUGAGACUGGAGAUAUCACCGCAAAGAAAAAGGAGUGAAGACUCGGAUGAGGAUGAACCCUGUGCCAUCAGUGGCCGCUGGACCUUUCAGAGAGACAGCAAGCGCUGGUCCCGGAUGGAGGAGCUGGAGGUUUUCUCCUCUUUGUACACAGAUAGCGCGCAAUUACCUCCAGCAAAGGACCAAGUAUCCAAAAAAACCAAGCUGGCCCUAUGCGAGGGAAACAGUUCGGAGAGUGUGCUGACUGAUCUCAGUGAGCAGCCUGAAGUGGGCUCCAUCCACAGCAGUGGUAGUGGCGGAAGAGCAGAGGAGAAGAGCCGUGACGCCAUCCUCUAUUUACCAAAUGAAGCCAUUCCCGUUGGAGCCACGCGUGCGAGCUCUGUAGCGAGCGUGUGUUCAUCGUCAGGUACAGGCGGGUCAGUGUGUGCUAAUGAGGACUCUCUGUCUGAUGGGCUGCCACCAUCACCCUUGGAGAGGCUCGGACAGUUCACCUUCGAUCUGAAAAUGGGAGAACUUGGAGGAAGUCUGGACCGUGGCGGUGGCAGUGAUAAAAGCACACGUUCACGAGCCAAGAGCUUUCUAAAGAGGAUGGAAAGUCUUCGUCUCCGCAGUGGCACCACUUCCAAGAGAAAGAAGAAAGGGAGCAUCAGUGGUGGGAAGAUUGAGAUCAGCGGCCCUGUCAUCAAAGAGGGUCUUGAUGAUGACAAGUUGAGGAGACUCAACUGUGUGGAUAUCCCAAGUAUCAGCCUAAACCAGAACCUUAAUCACCAACACCAUUCAACUCAGACUAUGACACUUAACAGGAAUCGUUCUGUAUCCUACUCUACUCAGACUAGCAACGGUAGCACUGGAAGCACUGGGAGCAGCCAAUCAGAAGCCAGCAGUGGCAGUACAGUGAGCACACCGAGCCCAGUGACUCGCGCUCGUAGCCACAGCACCGCAGCGGGCUCCGGUAAGAGAGGGGGGAUGUACUUGGAGGGUUUUGAUCCCUUCAGCCUUCUCCAGCAAGCAGCCGAUAGGCAACCAUCACCAACGCCCAAAUCGGCCCCACCUAUCCCGUGUCAAGCAAAUAUUGAUAUGAGCAUUGACGAGCAGAACCAAAGAAACAACCACAGAAUUCAGGAGAAUGGCAGCCAAGCAGAGGAAGAAGAAGACAACAAAGGCAGGCUCUUUUUCUAUUUACCAGAAGGUCACAAGCCAGGCACUUUCCCCAAAGCGUUGCAAGAUGGGGGUUCACGCAAUAACAAUGGUAAUGAUAAUGGGAACUCUGUGAUCCUAAGAGGACGGCAAAGUAGACGGCAGUGUCGGGUCUCUUCUGGCUCAGUGGACAGCCGCCUCAGUUUUUAUGACAACGUCCCAUACAUAGAGCGAGAUGAGGCUGUGGAGGGGGAUGACCGAAAACUGGAGGAAGUGCUACAACAUGUGAGCGGGCUGCAGCACUUCGUGAACGCCUGGUCCGAGGCUGUGGUGGCCGGUGAGGAGGAAGAUGAAGAGGACGAGGAGGAAGAGGAAGGAGACUCUGAUUCAGCGUUGGACUCUGCCUCACCAUGCCCAUCCUCUCCUCUGCAGAACCAUCUAGAAGAGACCGAGAAUGGAAGUGACCAAGACAGCACAGGGAACCCGCUGGGGGAGGGGGAGGAAGGGAUGAGGGAGAGGAGGGAUUCUGGUGUUGGAGCAUCACUAACAAGAACCAGCAGGCCACAGAAACUCCGCUGGUUGAGCUUCCAUAACUCCCAUCGGCCCAGUUUGGCUUCUGCCCAGCUCCAGAUUAGCUGCCAGUCUGUACUGCAGAUGAAUCUUCUUCAGAAACUCUCGCUGCUGCAGCUCACCGCUCUUCUGGAGAGGCACACCCCAACAAACAAACAUGGCUUCAGCUGGGCUGUUCCCAAAUUUAUGAAGCGGAUUAAGGUGCGCGACUACAAAGGCAGGAAUGUGUUCGGUGUUCCGCUGCAAGUCAUUGUCCAGCGCACUGGUCAGCCCCUCCCUCAAGGCAUCCAGCAAGCUAUGCGCUACUUGCGAAACCAGUGCUUAGACCAGGUGGGUCUUUUCAGAAAGUCGGGAGUGAAGUCACGUAUCCAGGCUCUGCGUCAGAUGAAUGAGGCCAGCGGGGCCGACGGGGGUGGGGUCAGCUAUGAGGGCCAGUCUGCCUAUGACGUUGCUGACAUGCUCAAGCAGUACUUCCGAGAUUUGCCCGAACCGCUGCUCACCAGCAAACUGUCCGAGACCUUUCUUCAGAUCUAUCAGUACAUGCCCAAAGAGCUUCGCCUCCAUGCCGCCCGUGCAGCUGUGCUGCUACUGCCCGAUGAGCAUCGCGAGGCGCUGCGGACACUGCUGUGCCUGCUGAGUGAUGUGACAGCCAGCGUGGGGGAGAACCAGAUGACGCCCACAAACCUGGCCGUCUGCCUGGCACCGUCUGUAUUCCAUCUCAACACGCUGAGGCGCAAGGAGAGCUCCUCACCAAGGGUGAUGAACAGGAAGCAGACUCUGGGAAAGCCGGACCAGAGAGACCUGAACGAGAACCUGGCGGCGACCCACGGCCUGGCGCACAUGAUUCAGGAGUGCAGAAAACUCUUCCGGAUCCCCGAGGAGAUGAGACGCUGUAGGAACUCAUAUGUGGAGCAGGCCUUGCUACCGCGACCCUUGGAGGAGCUGUUGGGUAGCGACGGCGGACGAGGAGGAUACCGCUCCUACCUGCGUGACGGUCUUGACGCUCUCCUCAAGGAAGCCAAGGACAAGUUUAAAGGUUACGACAGUUUCUCUACCCCCGAGCAAGCUGAGCUGGCCUAUCGGAAGGUACAUGACGGCUUCCCACUGAGGCUGUGGAAGGUGACCGUGGAGGUGCCUGCAGCUCCAGAGGAGGUGCUGACCCGGCUGCUGAGGGAGCAGGUGCGCUGGGAUGAGGACCUGUACGAGAGCCGUGUGGUGGAAAGCCUGGACGAGAGGACUGAGGUGUACCAGUACGUUCGGAACACCAUGGCUCCUCAUCCCAUGAGGGACCACCUGGUGCUCAGAACAUGGAUAACAGAUUUGCCAAAGGGGGCGUGUGCGCUGGUGUCUACAUCAGUGGAUCACGGUGCGGCACCCGUGGUGGGUGUGCGCGUCAACGUUCUCCUCUCACGCUACUUUAUCGAACCCUGGGGAGCCAACAAGUCCCGGCUCACGCACAUUUCCAGAAUUGACUGCAGAGGUCGCUUCCCGGAGUGGUACAACAAAUUGCACGGACACUUGUGUGCUGCCGAAGCGACGCGGAUUCGUGACUCCUUCACGUUGUCCGUGGACAAAUGAGACUGACUUCUCGAUGUCAAUCCAAGAGUGAGGAAGACCUUCCAUAAACACAAAACACAGGAAGAACCUUGGCUCCUGGAUUUGAAGGACUUUUUUAAAAAACAUAUUAUUGAUGUUACUAUAUAAAAUGCCCUCUGGUCCUGCCAUCCAAAUAUGUGGGCCAAAGAACAUUGAUGAGAUGGGAUGUGAGGCUUAAUCCAACGAGUGCUAUUGCUUCUGAGAAGCAAAGGUGACUGCAUGUCCAACCAAUAGUUAAGACCAACAGACUGAAGUGUACAGUGCUGCGAAAAAGCCUUCUCAAAUUCUUAUAUUUUUGCAUAGUUUCCCCACUUUCAUGCCGUUCAUGCUGGAAAACCCUCCAUUUUUGCUUAAUUCAUACAAUUCUGCAAGCAAGAGUGGGCCAAAAUAUAGCCAUAGAGAUUACAGAAAACACUUGAUUUCAAUUGUUGCUGCUGAGGAUGGCCCAACCAGUUAUUAGGUUUCGGGGGCCAUUACUUUUUCACACAGGGCCAGCUAACUUUGAAUAGUUUUUUUUUUCUUUAAUAAAUGAAAUCUCCAUUUAAAAACAGCAUUUUAAAUUCACUCGGGUUAUAUUUGUUUGAUGAUCUUAAACAAAGUGGGGAAACGAUGCAAAAAUAAGAAUUUGAGAAGGGGGCCAAUACUUUUUCACUGCACCGUGCAUACGCUAACUACGCUAUCCUCACUUAAUAUUAAUACUUUCUGUCUUGUCUUACGUCCGUCCCUUUUUUUUGGUUUGUUUCUUUCUCUGUUACAACGCGUGGGAGGAAGCGCAUACAAUAUUUAUGAUGUUGUGCGGAUUGAUGAGUGCAUGGCUGAAGAAAGACGUGAAUGUGCUGGCCCGGAUAGAGGUGACAUGUGGGAUGGAGAGGAGAGAAUACGAAGCGGUGGCUGGCUCACCAAAAGCAGCAGGAGAGCACCAUGACACCUUCCUGAACGUUCCAUUACAAGGAAUGAUUAGUGUUGAAGACUAAUAGACAAAAACGGACCAAAUCUGAGAAAAAGUACCCUCUUAUCUUUGCAGACUUUUCCACAACACAAACUUAGUUGUGCUUUGUACACCCACAAACGUGAUUUCUGAGAAUGUUGACUGUCAUAGUGCAUGAAAACACAACACGUUCAUCGUAGGAAAGAAAUGGGAAAAGAAAAGGUCCUUUUAUAAAGGUGGGGAUUUUACAGGUUUUACUGUAAAGAUGAGGGCAGAUUGCAUGUUAGUGUGCUUUUUGAAAAAAGGAAGAGAAGCUUCUCUCUGUGUAGUUGUUCACUUGUUUUAACACCGCUGUCUGCAUACUUCACUUAAGCCAAUGUCCAUAUCUUUAAUGUAACCGUGUCUCUAUACCAAAUAAUAACACGACAAUGAACGUUAAUUUAAAACAAAUAUAUUUAUACCUCAGAUAUAUGUUUGUUUUGUAUCGUUUUGUUGUAUUGUAAAUGUUACGCUCUGUUAUGGAAAUGAAAAAAAUAUCCUUUAUCUUUUUUAUUAAUAUUAUUUCUGUACAGUUUAAUCAAAGUGCACUAUUAAAUGUAUUAAAAUAAACAUUUUGGUCAUAUGUCA